AUGGUACAGUUCUCAUUCUUAUACGCUUUCUUAGGAUUGCAAGUCUUGCCUGCGCUUGCCUUCCAAAAUUGUCCUUUAUUGGGAAGGGACUUCCCUCUUCCAAAACAACUGUCAAAUAGUUCUGCGAUUCGCAAUGCAUCCUUGAUGCUGAAGAACACACUCGAUGCCUCAUUGAACAACGGGACCUUAGCCAGCAACGCAUCAUCAUUUUCCAUCGAAAUAUUCUCAACUCAUCAAAAUGAUUCGCUGUUCACCUACCACCAUUCAUCACCUCUGCUUCAAAGCAGCGAUGGAGUCAAGACAAUCGAUUCGGAUAGCAUAUACCGAGUUGGAAGUAUCUCGAAACUUUUCACAGCCUACCUGUUCCUGAUUGAAUCUGGGGACAUCCAUUUCAAUGACCCAAUCACCAAUUUUGUACCUGAGUUAGCGAAUGCGCCAUCUUGGUCGACGCAAGAUAGCUUGAAUGUUGUGGAUUGGGAAGCAGUGACGAUUGGCGAGCUGGCAAGUCAUAUGGGAGGAAUUGCCAGAGACUAUAUCGGAGACCUGGCAGCCGCAACAAAUACAUCUGUCCCUGGAACUCCAUCUUGUGCCGCAACUGGACCAUGUUCAAGAUCUGACUUUUUCAAAUUGCUCCUCCCACAGCCACCCGUCUUCCCAACAUCCACUACUCCCGUCUACAGCAAUAUCGGCUAUCAACUUCUUUCUUACGCCCUGGAGAAGAUCAGUUACCAAUCCUAUCCAACCAUGCUCCAAAAUCAAAUCAUCAAACCGUUGAACCUCUCUUCCACUAGCUACUACACACCACCUGCAGCUCACGGCGUCAUCCCCGGAAACGCAACAUCUUCUGGGUGGAAUCUCGACUACGGAGACUUCACACCCGUCGGCGGAAUCUACUCCUCAUCCAACGACCUCUCCACCCUCGGCCGCUCCAUCCUCACCUCCCGCCUCCUCUCCGCACCCCUAACCCGCCGCUGGAUGAAGCCCCGCACCUUCACCUCAAACCCCCUCCUCUCCGUCGGCGCACCAUGGGAAAUCUACCGCCUUCAACUCUCAUCUCCUAACGCACCCAGAAUCGUAGAUCUCUACACCAAAUCUGGAGACUUGACGUUCUAUCACUCGAAUUUAGUGCUGUUUCCGGAUUGGGACAUCGGGUUCGUGGUCCUGGAAGCCGAUUAUGAACAGUUUGUGUUGAAUAGGAAUGUGAUUUCGGAUAUGGUGGCGGAGAUCUUCUUGCCUGCUGUGGAGAUUGCUGCUAGGGAGGAAGCUGGGACGAGUUUCGCGGGAAAGUAUGCUGAUCAGGCGACGAAUUCGUCGGUGGUGGUUAGGGUUGGGGAUGGGGUUCCGGGUCUGGGUGUUCCGGAACUUGUUCUUGGGGGUGUUGAUUAUGUUGCUGAGGUGUUGUCGCAGCUUUAUUAUAAUCCUAGUAUUAGGCUUUAUCCGUCCGGUCUAGAGAAGAAUCUUGGACACGGAGAUGUGGAGGUGGGGUGGAGAGCUGUGUUUGAGUCGAAUACUACCCUGCCUGAUGGGUUAUUCGAUGAUAGUUGUGCGACUUGGUUCAAUGUUGAUGGUAUCAGGAACAAUGGGUUUGGCAUCGAUGACUUUACUUUUACGGUAGGGGAAGACGGUAAAGCAAAGUCCAUAACUUCGAGGGGCUUUAACGUUACUUUAUCAAAAGUCUAG